AUGUCGACCCUCUGUGUCUGUUCAGCGGAGGAACAAGCUGUCUUGUCUUUUCCUGCUGUUGGCGUGGAGACCACAGCUCAUGUUGCAAAGCUGGUUGAUUGGCUCAUCCAGGUCACCUUCUUCCUGAAGUUCAGUUUUGAUGCCAUGAAUCAGCGAAUCAGCCAAAGUGCCCCAGUGAAACAGCCACCUCCUCUGGCUCCGCAGAGUCCCCAGGGUGGUGUGAUGGGUGGGAGCAGCUCCAAUCAGCAACAGCAGAUGAGACUUCAGCAGCUACAGAUGGAGAAGGAAAGACUGAGACUGAAGCAUCAAGAACUGCUUCGGCAGGCAUUGCGGAAUAUCAAUCCCAGCACAGCAAAUUCUCCAAAACAUCAGGAAUUGGCUCUCCGUAGCCAGCUUCCAACAAUGGAACAAGACAGUGGAUCUCAAAAUCCCGUGUCGUCUCCUGGAAUGUCUCAAGAACUGAGAACAAUGACUACAAAUAGUUCUGAUCCAUUUCUUAACAGUGGAACAUAUCACUCCAGAGAUGAAAGCACAGAUAGUGGACUUAGUAUGAGCAGUUAUAGUGUACCCAGAACCCCCGAUGACUUCCUGAACAGUGUUGAUGAGAUGGAUACAGGUGACAGUAUCAGCCAAAGUACCAUACCAUCCCAUCAGAACCGUUUCCCAGACUACCUUGAAGCCAUUCCAGGGACAAAUGUGGACCUUGGGACACUGGAAGGAGAUGGGAUGAAUAUAGAAGGAGAAGAACUGAUGCCAAGUCUGCAAGAGGCUUUGAGCUCUGACAUCCUUAAUGACAUGGAAUCUGUCUUGGCAGCCACCAAGCUAGAUAAAGAGAGUUUUCUUACUUGGUUAUAGGGGCCUCAGGGAGACUGAAUUCUAAAUCUGUGAAGGAUCUAAGGAGAAUAGGACAUCUCUAUCUGAAGUUCAGAACAAGCCAGUGUGGCACACUUUGGCUUGUGUUCAGAAAAAGUAAAUGAACAAAUAUUCAACAAGAUUCUUUCAUUUUGCUCUUCCUUGUCCAUCGCUGCUGUUAUAUAUUGCUGACUUUUUUCCACAGUUGACUCUGAAGAACAGACAUCUUGAUCUUUUUCUAUUGCUGUUGCAACUACUGUUCAAGGCGGGUGGGGAGGGAUGAUGAGCCUAUUUGGAUGACGAAUGCCAUUCCUUUUGUCCUAGUGUGCGCUUGCAUAUCAUUUUAUCUAAGUACUCAGAUUUGAGAGUUAAUUUCUGCAUGUCACUGCUUGUAGUUUGCUCAGCUAGUUGUCUCCUGCUGCCUGUGGCAAGUGGUAAAACAUGACAUACUGGGGUGACAAGCCAAAAAUGAUGUAUCUGGUCAACAGAAGUCAAUACUGAUUUGGAAAUAUGACUUAAAGGAGGGCUGAAGACUGUUUGGCAUUAAGUGUUUCUACUAGUAGCUUGUUCAUUAGUCACAAAGUGCUCUUGUUCAUAUUUUAUGUUAUAGUAAAUCAUGAGUCAUUUUACAUAAAAACAUAUAUGAACUUUGAUUGUUGCCACAUAUUCUAGCCUAACAUUUUUUGUUUGUCGAAAAUAGUUUGAUUAUUUUUGUUAGUUGGUUUAACUGUAGCUGUAGGAUGGGAAGUAAUUAUAGGUGUUCUUUUUUUUUAAAUAGUGAAAUCUAAGUUUUUUUUCUGAUUUCACAUAGUCUUAUUUAAAUCUGAAUUGUCUGCUUUUUUUAUACUUAAAACAUGCCUAUUGUAGCCUGAUAAGCUAGUGAGUACAUAAACCAGUAUGUUUUUGCCUGUAACUUUUUUAUUUUUUUAAAGGCUAGCUUUGAAUGUAAUCAUUAGAAUUCAUGACCAGUGGCUUAUUUUUCAUGUUUAUUUGCAAGAUUUUGAAUUAGAAUC